GCCCGGCGCGAGGGGUGUGCAGAGAGCCCACGCGUCUGGAGAGCCCGGCCCGUGUAGGGCCACGCCGAGGACCGAGUACUCAGGUGCAGGGUCCGAUCCGGAGGACGGAGACGAGAACCGGGCGGGAGCCGGGGCGGCGGGCAGGCCGAGUGCAGAGGGCUGUCCAGCACUCUCCCUACCCACGCUCGCCUUAGUGGUGGCGGCCGAGGGAAGGACUCGCGGCUGCGGGGCUCGCGCCUCUGUCAGUGCGGCGGGGCGCGCGAGCGGCUCGGGGCGCGGAGCCGAGGGGAGCCGAGGGGGCGGAAGCGGUCGCGACUCGCGCGCGUGUGCUCGGGCUCCUCACGCGGCGGCCGGGGCCGCCUCUUCCCUCCCGCCCUCCGAGAAGCCGGCGCGCCGUCGCCUUCCGUGCCGCGCGGCUUCCUCCAGACCUCAGCGCGGGUGAGCCCUAUUUCUAGAGACAGCUGCUGCUGCCCCUCUAACCCAAAGGACAAAAUAGCUGGCUAAACUCAUUCUUGGUACUGGUGGACACCAUGUCCUUGAAGAUUCAGACCAGCAAUGUAACCAACAAGAAUGACCCUAAGUCCAUCAACUCUCGGGUCUUUAUUGGAAACCUAAACACAGCAGUGGUAAAGAAGUCGGAUGUGGAGACCAUCUUUUCCAAGUAUGGCCGUGUGGCUGGCUGUUCUGUGCACAAAGGCUAUGCUUUUGUCCAGUAUGCCAAUGAGCGCCAUGCCCGGGCAGCUGUGCUGGGAGAAAAUGGGCGGGUGCUGGCUGGACAGACCCUGGACAUCAACAUGGCUGGAGAGCCCAAGCCUAAUAGACCCAAGGGGCUAAAGAGAGCAGCAACUGCCAUAUACAGGCUGUUUGAUUAUCGAGGCCGCCUUUCUCCAGUGCCUGUGCCCAGGGCAGUUCCGGUGAAGCGACCCCGUGUUACGGUCCCUUUGGUUCGCCGUGUCAAAACUACCAUACCUGUCAAGCUCUUUGCCCGUUCCACAGCCAUCACCACUGGCUCAGCCAAAAUCAAGUUGAAGAGCAGUGAGCUACAGACCAUCAAAACGGAGCUCACACAGAUCAAGUCCAACAUCGAUGCCCUGUUGGGUCGCUUGGAACAGAUUGCUGAGGAACAGAAGGCCAACCCAGAUGGCAAGAAGAAGGGUGACAGCAGCAGUGGUGGAGGAGGGAGCAGCAGUGGUGGAGGCAGCAGUGGCACUGUUGGUGGUGGCAGUGGUGGUGGUGGCAGUGGGAGUUGCAGCAGCAGCAGCCGGCCACCAGCCCCACAAGAAGACACGGCUUCUGAGGCAGGCACACCCCAAGGAGAAGUCCAAACUCGAGAUGAUGGUGAUGAGGAGGGACUGCUAACACAUAGCGAGGAAGAGCUGGAGCACAGCCAGGACACAGAUGCAGAAGAUGGGGCCUUGCAGUAAGCAGCUUAACAGGAACAUUGGUCACCAACAGAAGGGCAUCACUGUCUCAGGCCUCAAGACAGGCACCCAUCUCUGGAUGCCAGUUUAUAGCGGGUACCAGAGGAAAGCUGGCAGCAGUAACUCCUCUCCCCAUGCAUCCUAGCCAGUGAGUGCUACAUCCUUUGCAAGUGGAGUUACUGGCCUACCCUUACCCCAUGCACUCUUCCUGUCUGCACUGCCUGGGCCAAAGGGCAGAAACAAUCUGCUUUUCUUCCCCAGGACAUUCCCAGGCUUGGGGUUUUUCUAUAGGUUUGAAAGUAAAGGGGGGUUGGUAUGGGUGGGGGAAACCUGACAAUAAAGAGAUUGGAUCCAAAUACGCUCUGA